AUGUCCUGGGAUUGGCGAAGUGCGCUAAUCACUUAUUGCACGCUCUGUCUCGCUUACCGCGAAUACAGCGCAGCUCAAGAGGCUAGACGAGUUCUUCUGUGCCCAACUCGGGCGUGUUGGAGACGUCUUUUGCCGGAGACUGAUCCGAGAGCAACUCCCGAUCUCGAGCAGAACCCUGACGGCCAAGAACAUGAGUUGGAUGACCUGGCCAUGGUUAUCUGCCCUCCAUCCCCUCUUCCUCUCUCUCCCUCCUGGCCCCGGACCCGGUUGAACAGACGGAAGACGGACCUUACCCUAACCGUCGAAGACCAACUACAAGGCCUUGAGCAACAGAAGGCUCGGGUCAUCAUGCAGGAGAUCGCCUUUUGGACCAACUUGUUCACUAAGAGCAAGUCGUUCUCAAGUGCACGUAUACCACGAAGACGGGCCAAAAGGCCAAACUCACCUCGCGCGAUCAAGUCACCCUCCUUCCAUUGCUCUUGA